CGCGCUCCAAUCAGGCAGUUCGCUCCAAUCAGUUCAGCAAGAUGCUCAUGCCUCGAAGCACUGCUCGUUCCAUCCGAAUUUCGCGUUCGGCGUUGCUUCUAAUUAGUUUCGCUCUACUUCCAUCGUUCUCCCAAAGUCAGGACAAUGACCCAGUUCUUCCCGAUUGGAACAUGUUUUCCCGAUCCGCCAAGGUGAACAUCGAACUGCUGAAACCGCAGGGCAUCCAGGUUUGGACCAAGUACAAGCCACAUCACUUUGGGUUUGGCGUUGAGCUGUACGUUAAUCCAACGUUGGAUGAACUUGGGAAGUGUGACUUGUGUAGGAAUGUGACCGCGCCGAUCGAUGGCAAGUUUCUGAUCCAGGACGAUACGAUCGCGGUGAAGCUGGGCGACACCAUCAGGUAUCGAACGGUGAAGGACAAAGUCUCCGGAACCAAGUGGUACCCGUGGAAGACGAUCGUCGUCGAUAACCAAUUCCUCAACCAAGCCGAGAACAUUUGCGCGUUCCAGUGUGACCCUUCCGGCCAUCGAGCCACCGUUAACUUUCUCGAGCAGUACAUCCGCAACAUGCUGGACAGCUGUGAUCUGCCGGAGCAACCCUCGGACCAUCUGUUCUUUCCACUUCCGAAUGCCCCCGCCCUGGUUGGCGAUCCGAAACGGUUCGUCAGGGCGCGCCUCUACUCGGUUGACCUGCUGAGGCCGUUGGUGGACCGCGUUGAGUCGGUGUUUGUACUGCAGGAAGGAGUUGGCUGCAAGAUGCAGAGUGUGCUGGACAAACUAAAAAUUCUCGAGUUGGGGCGAGAUCAACUGGGAGUGGUGGACUACGACGAAGUGCUGUUUAUUCCAGGGCCUAGUCCGAAUCUCUGAGGAAAGCUCUAGACGUGUGUUGAACAGAAUUAACUUUCAGCUAGUUUAAAUUUAAAUUAAGUGCAAACUCGUUUCAAAUAUUACGUGACUUGAUUUUACCGCA